CCUAGACAAAGUUUCGUCAGAAGAGAAUAAAAUUUUAAAAAGACAAUUACCAAGAAGGAAAUCAGCCGAAUUAUCUAUUCCCUCCCCAGAAACAAGGCUGCGGGCGCAAAUGACGGUUCAUAUAAGUUUCUAUAAAGAAUUUGAAGAAGAAAUCAGCAAUUUGAUAGAAAAAUUAUUCAAUGAAGUUUUUUUUGUCUGUGAAAUCGUAGCAGGUUCAUCUCUUAUAUUAUGUGCAAAUUACAAUUUGAAUAUUAAGAAAUAUAACUCAAAAAAAACAACUUACCACUUAAUGCAAAGUGAUAGUAGAUCACUUAACGAGACGAAUAGCAGCCACACGACUUCGCCCCAUAAUGCCAUUAUAGGUAAGACCAAAGCUUAUGAGAAUCAGAAGAUGGCGUUAAAAGAGGGCUCACAAGUGCUUCUUGAAGGAAAUUCGCGCGACC